AGUACAUAUAUAUAUAUAUAUACUUAGCGUGGACCAGCUGACACCCUGAAAUCCACUGAAAUCGUCCUUCUUGUCCAUCAGAAUCGUCUGAAAAAUACAAGUCCGAGGUCUCUUGUUUAGUUUUUUCGGUUUAUCAAAUUACCCCGAGUGAUUGUUGGAUUUUAUCCGUGCAUUAUCGACGUUACCAAUGAUUUCGUUGCAGUCGCAUAAUCAGGUGUUGUACCACCUGACCCAGUUGACUUCAGCCGUCACCCCCAGAACCUCCUACUCCACACGUCUGAAGGCCCAGCCAAAAUCAUCGACCCCGUCUCCCCCAGAGAUAAUCUGUGAAGAGAGUCUCCUGGAGGCUGUUAAGAACUGCACAGAGCUUCCCCUGGAGAAUCUGAACAUCCGAGCCAUCUCCGAGGCCUCGAGACUCCUGAAAACAGACGCCCAGAGGGUUCUCAAAAGGGUCAACAGGGUCUCCAGGGCUCUGGAGGACCCCCACGAUGGCUGGAGGAUCUCCUACGUCUCGGGCUCGUCAUUUUCAGACAACAAACGAGGCUUAUCCUGCACUUACGAUCAGCUGCAUAGAAAUGUUCUCCUGCUGGCUAUACCCACAUCCAGGGACAUCCUAGUGCGUGGCUUCAAGACUGAUCGAAAUGUCAAAACGGAAAUCGAGAGGAAUCCCUCACUUUUUCGAAGACUCAGGACUUGGAUUGGACUUUCCAAAACUAGCCAGGAGGGAAAGGCAAAGGGUGCGAUAGACGGUACAGACCUGGAGAACCUCAAGAACAUUCUGAAUGACACGGAUCUACCUCUGGACGACAAACAACGCGUGAAGAUUGCAUUUGCUGAGGGCUACGUCGCUGGAAACGAGAGGAAAUCACCGGAUCGUAAAUUCAAGUGGUUGAAGACGAUUCAGCAGGUGGUAAUGACAGCCGUGGGUCUCCUCAUCCUCGGCUCGAUCAUGGGUACGUACAAAUCGAGCACCAACGGCAGUGUCUUCCGCAUCCAGCUGGGCUCUCACUCAGCAGUGAACCCCGAGGAGAUCUCCGUGACCUUCGCCGACGUGAAAGGUGUCGCCGAGGCGAAGCAGGAGCUCGAAGACAUAGUGGAAUUCCUGAAGAAUCCAGAGAAAUUCUCGACACUGGGGGGUCGUCUCCCCAAGGGGGUGCUCCUGGUGGGUCCCCCAGGCACGGGGAAGACCCUGCUGGCCCGGGCUGUUGCAGGUGAGGCCAAAGUCCCCUUUUUCCACGCAGCAGGCUCCGAGUUCGAUGAAAUCCUUGUGGGACAGGGAGCACGAAGGGUCAGGGAUCUCUUCAAAGCGGCCAAGGACCGCGCGCCCUGCGUCGUUUUCAUUGAUGAGAUCGACGCCGUCGGGGGCAAGAGGACAUCCUCGGUGAUCCAUCCCUACGCUAAUCAGACGAUCAAUCAGCUGCUCUCGGAGAUGGAUGGCUUUCACCCGAAUGAGGGGGUCAUCGUCCUGGGGGCGACCAAUCGUAAAAACGACCUGGAUAAGGCGCUUCUGCGACCUGGGAGGUUCGACGUCGAGGUUUAUGUCCACAAACCUGACAUCAAGGGGAGGCGAGAGAUCCUGGAGCUGUACCUGUCCAAGAUAUUGGCGAAGUCGAUUGACAUUGAGAUCCUGGCGAGAGCAACCACUGGGUUGACUGGGGCUGACAUCGAGACUAUGGUCAAUCAGGCAGCUCUGAGGGCUGCAGUGGAGGGGGCGGAAUUCGUCACCAUGGAUCACCUGCAUAAGGCCAUGGAGAAGGUAAUCUUGGGGCCGGAGCUCAAGGGAAUGAUGCCGGAUAGCGAGGAGAAUGCCAUCACUGCUUAUCAUGAAGCUGGACAUGCUAUUGUUUCAUAUUAUACGAAGGACUCUAUGCCACUUUCUAAAGUCACCAUAAUUCCCAGAGCGGGAUCACUAGGACACACGAGUUACGUUCCCGCCAAGGAUGUGUUCCACAACACCAAGAGCCAGUUACUAGCCUCAAUGGACUCCUCGUUUGGUGGACGAGUUGCUGAGGAGUUGAUUUUUGGACCGGAAAAAAUCACAACUGGAUCUGCUUCUGAUCUCCAGAGAGCCAGUGAAAUCGCUGCCAGCAUGGUCAAGCAUUAUGGGAUGAGUGAAAAGGCUGGAUUUAGAUCUCAGUAUGAGGAGAAACCUGAGUAUAGCCCCAACACGAAUGAAGUCAUUGAUGGAGAGGUGAAACGACUGCUACAGGAAUCGUAUGACAGAGCUAAAAAUAUUCUCAAAACUCACGCUAAAGAGCAUAAAUUACUGGCUGAAGCCCUUUUGAAAUACGAAACACUAGACGUUGAAGAUAUAAAAGCCGUUAUAAAUGGUAAAAAACCGAAAGCAGAGCCAGCUAAUCCCGAAAAAAGACCAUCAUCGAUAAUCGAUGUCUCAGGUAACGUCAUGUAAUCCUAAGACUGAAGAUUUACUCCUGGGAAUAGAUAAAAAUCGAAUUGAUAAAAAAAUAGAAAAUUACAUCUCCUGAAGAAAUUAAUGAAUAAAAAUAUCAGGACGGUUUAUUGUCGUCGAGAGUACGUGGGGGAGGCCCUGAGGUGAAUUUUGCAAAGCUAUGACAUGAUUGGUUGACAAAAAAGCUGAGGAAAUUCGUUAAAGGGGACGAGUUGAAAAAUUAAGUUUCAUUGUUUCGAGAAUAUCUCGAAACGAAAAAGUUUUAGAGAAAUAUUUCUCGAAUACUUUUUGCUGGAAAUUUAAUUUCCGACAAAAAUGAUCUUGACAUGUUUUUCGAUAGGAUCAAUAGUUCUUGAGAUUUUCGCAGUUUUUUCGACUUAUAUCCAAUCUAAUAUGAGAUUUGAUAGGGGAAAAAUUGGAAAAAAAUUGUAAAAUUUGCGGGACAUUUUCUGUGUGAUGAGAGUAAUGAAAAUUUUGUACAGUAAAUAAUAAAUAAAUAUUAAACAAUAAUUAUGGAUAUUUACAUUGAAUAUUGAUGUUAAUUUUAGAUGAGAAUAUUUAUGUUUUCAGCUUCUUUUGUUGUGAAAUAAAGGAUUUAAGUCUUCCCAUCGGUCUCUUUACUUUUUUUUUUAAUAAAAAAUAAAUUGUAUUAACAAUUAAUGAAUGGUGAUAGGAAAUGCGAUUGAAAAAUUAGUUCUGGGAAAAUAAAUCGCUGUGACUGGAUAAUCAUUAGGCCAUACCAUUGUUAACUGUUUAUUUCAUUCAAUAUUGAUAAUUAUAAAUUAUACAAAAUUAUAUAUAUUUAUUUAUAUUUUAUCCAUUAGUUUCCCCUACCUAUUCUCGUAUCUUCCAUUUUCAUGAGUUUCCUCUCAUUUACUCGGUCUUGUUGGAUUUUUCAAUCAUUAAUUAACUAAGUGUGGUACAAAUUUGGUAACACUUGGUGCACGUACUAAUGAAUUCAUUGAUUUUUGUUAAUUUAUUCGAGUGAAAAAAGAGAAAAACGAGGAAACCUCCAAAAAUCCCAUCUUCAAUUAGAAAAAAAUCAACAAAUUUGUUCAUUAAAAAAAUUUCCAAAGUAUUAAUUGACUCAAUAAACAAUCAUUAGAAGAUGUUUUAAUAUCAAUUUAAAGAAUUUAAUCAUUUGUUUGAAUAGAUUUUUAAUUAAAGACGUUCAGAGGACAAAAAUUUGUCUUUCAAAUCCUUCUUUCACUAGAACAAUUAAUAUAUUAUUAAUAACAUCCAAAAGCAUUUCCACUCCAACAAUUACUCGGUUUGAUACUGAAAGAUCAACGACUAAUAGUUAAUUAAUAGUUAAAUGAUUAUGCGACGAAUUUCAUUCAAGAAAAAACUGAAAUUAAUUUUUUCAAUUUUGAGGAAAUUUUAAUUUAAUCAGAUUGUUACUAAACACUUGUGAAAUAGAGAGAAAAUAUCACAGAUCAACGAAUAAUUAAAUAAGUCGAUUAAUUAACGAAUUAAUAAUAGCAGGAUAAAUAAUAAAACAAUACGAAAAUAACUUGAA